AUGCACAUAGCAUGUAAGUGCAAGGGGUUACCUCACACAGUAGUCAUUUUUGCUGGAAUUCUUUCAAUAAUUGAGCGAUAUUGCUGGCAAGAAUUUGCAGACAGUCUUAGUUCCAGCACUUCUAUGAAGACUGAACCAUUGGAGCUGAGUUACAGUCAUCUACCUGAAUAUUUGAAGCCAUGCCUUCUUUAUUUUGGUGCAUUUCGAGAAGACCAAGAUAUUCCUGUUCAAAGGUUGUUAUGGCUUUGGAUCUCUGAAGGAUUUGUCCAAAAGACAGAAGGGAAGAGCUUAGACGACAUGGCGGAAGACUACUUGAUGGAUUUGGUUAGUAGAAGUUUAGUUACGGUUACCAAACAAAGAACUACAGGUGGUGCCAAAACAUGUCGAAUUCAUGAUUUGGUACAUGAGUUUUGUUUGGCAAAAGCUAAAAACGAAGGUUUUCUACAGAUUUUACACGGGGAUAGCGACAUUUCUACUUUUACAGGGCCGUGCCCCCAUCGACUGUGUAUUUACUUGAUCAAGGAAGAGGAGCUUGAGAAGAUGAGGCUGUAUUUUCCCAAUUUACGCUGUUUGUUCGUCUUUAGUUAUUACCAUUGGAACUUUAGCUGGAAGGUUACAAAGCUGCGUGAUGGUUCCCCUGGGUUUCCAGUAUUAAAACUUCUUAGAGUGUUGGAUUUGGGGGACUUUGAUUUUGGUACAAGUUUUCCAAUGGAAGUAGUAUUCCUUGCUCAUUUGAGAUUCUUGGCGAUUCACGGACACAUGAAGGACAUCCCGUCUGCAAUAGGCAACCUCUCAAGGCUGGAAACUUUUCUGGUGAAAGGAAACUUUGAUGCGGUUGUGUUGCCAAAUACUAUCUGGAACAUCAAGACAUUGAGGCAUCUAUGGACAACAAACUCCUCGAUGUGGUGUGGUUUUUGUUUACCCAUUGACAAUGUUGAAGUAUCCAUCCAUCUUGAUCAUUUAAACACUUUAAGCCUUGCAGUUGAUCCCUUUUCUCAAAGCUUGCAAGAUAUAUUAACGAAGUUACCAAGCAUCCGCAGGUUAAAAUGCGUGACAGUCAGAUCAGAGGCAAAAUCCCCUGGAAAUUGCAAUAAGAUUCUCACGCUGGACAAAUUGACCAGUCUACAAUCACUUAAGCUGCAAAGGUUUGUUGGAUAUGAGUUCGAAUACCCAUUCAACUUGAAAAAGUUGACUCUCUCAUUUAACCAUCAGCCCUGGAGUAAAAUGUCAGCAAUUGGAGAGCUGCCCAAUCUUAAAGUGCUUAAAUUAGAGUGUAAUUCCUUUGUGGGUGAAAAAUGGGAAAUGGAAGAAGGGGAGUUCCCUAACCUUAGAUUCUUGAAAUUCUCACGGUUGGACGUUUGCUUGUGGAUUGCCCCUUCUUAUAGUUUUCUCCGUCUUGAGAAAUUGGUUUUGUACGAAUGUGUGAAGCUGCAAGAGGUCCCUUCUUCUUUAGGGAAAUGUGAGAAUCUAGAAUUGAUUGAGCUGAGAGGGUGUUGUGAGUCUGCUGUGAGUUCUGUAAAGCAAAUUCAACAAGAACAGGUGAGUACUGGAAGCCAGGAUCUAAAGAUUGUUAUCAGAGCCACGGUUGAUUGA